GCGACAGAGGUGUGUAGCAGAGCAAACGUCGAGGCUCAAUGAUGGCAAGCACCAAGUCAAGCUGCCGAGUAGGCGACGACGGCCCCAGGUGCAGGCUGGCUGCAACCUGGGCCCUUGGGUGCUUUGGCCGCCGCCGGAUCUGCACCAGCGGCCAAUCGUGCCGGCGGUGAUUGGGCGCCUCCACAAGAGACCCUUUCGCCCACGUCGCCCCCACACUUCAUAACACCGCCCUCCACCCUCCUCUCGCCACUCCUCCUUUCUUCCGUCUACCAACCUUCUCAUCGAUAUCAACAAUGGCACGCACCUUCAUCAUCACAGGCACCACGACCGGCUUCGGCCACGAGAUGGCAAAGGCAGCCCUCGCUGCAGGCGACAACGUCGUCGCCACGGCCCGCACCAGCUCCAAGCUCAAGAUUGACGGUGCCAACGACAAGAACUUCCUCGCCGUCGAUCUAGACCUGCUCAAGCCAGAGGGGAUUGACAAGGUCUUCAAGCAGGCAAAGGAUAAGUUUGGAAGGAUCGACGUUGUCUGCAAUAAUGCGGGAUACGGCCUCUCAGGUCCCUUCGAAACGCUCACCGAGGAGCAGUGCAGGAAGCAGAUGGAGAUCAACUACUUUGGCCUCAUCGCCGUGACACGCAAGGCAGUCGAGACGAUGCGCACCCAGUCUCCUCCAGGUGGCGUCAUUCAGCAAGUCACCAGCAUUGGCGGGCAACGCGGUGUUCCUGGCUUUACCAUCUAUUGCUCCUCCAAGUGGGCUGUCGAAGGUUUUACGGAAGCUCUUUCGCACGAACUCAAGCCCGAGUGGAACAUCAAGCUCACCAACAUCGAGCCCGGAGGAUUCCGCACCGAGUGGGCAGGUGCCAACAUGGAGUACGGCGGUCAUCGCGACCUCGAGUCCGUGUACGAUCAUCUCAACAUGCGUGAGACGAUGGGCAAGAGGCACGGUACCCAAGUCGGCGACCCGGCUAAAGCGGGCAAAGCCAUGUACGACUUGGCCGUUCACGCUGACCCUCCCUUGAGGAUCGUGCUGGGCAGCGAUGCCUUUGGGGCUAUGGAAACCAAAGUGAAGACGUAUGGCGAGAGCAUUCAGAAGUGGAAGAGUGUCAGUUUGGGGACGGACGUUGAUGAGGACAAGAAGUAGGGGAGCGAUUGCGGGGUGGCAGAGGGCAGGUGGGAGAAGUGAAGCUUGGCAAGGCUGUAUGCACGGCUCCAGUCACUCUGUCUACGGCUCAACACAUUCAGUCUUGUAGUGCUCACAG